AUGGCCUCUGCAACAGAUAUCCACCGGUUCUUGGAGCCGCUGAGUAUCGAUGUCGACAGAUCGUACGAACUAUCGCGCAAGUUUCUGGCCAAUUUCAGGGAUCUGGCUGCGGAUUCGAGGGACCAAUGGCUGCCCACGCCGAUAUCCGAGUCGAUUCUGAGGCAUCUUUCUGAUCAAGGGACUGGACAUGGAGGAACUAAUCUCAGAGUUGGCUUCGUCGAGCUGCAUGGCGAUGCCCAAGAUCCUUCAUCACGUAUCCAGCGGCCACUGGAGAAAUCAUGGCCCAUAGAUCAUCACCUCAAGAAUGACAACGCCGAUAGCCUCUUCUCAUGGGUUGGAAGAUGCAUAGCCGAAGUUGUGGAGGAGGGCUGCAGAGUCUUUGACAUAUCCAAGGAUGAGCCUGUACCCCUUGGCGUCACCUUUAGCUUUCCCAUGGAGCAGCGAUCCGUCUCUCACGCCCUCUUAAAGGACAUGGGCAAGGGAUUUGCUCUACCAUCCGGCAUCGACCUAGGCGCCCACAUCGAACAAGGCUACGAAAGGUACCGAACGUCUGAGCUGCCGCCUGUCAAAGUCACUGCCAUCGCCAACGACACAGUCUCCACGCUUGUAUCGUGCCUCUUCAGCUACGGCGGCACAGAGCAUCGACGAGCCGCCAUGGCUAUCAUUCUGGGAACUGGAACCAACGCUACGAUACCCAUGAAGCUGGACCUUUUGCAUCCCAGUAAACGGCCGCAGACAGUGAGCGUCCUUCCAGGCGAGAGUGUGGCCGAUGCCAAGAUUGCAGUCAACACUGAGUGGAGCAUCAAUGGCUCGCUGCCGCCGAUGAAGGAAAUGAAUCUAGUUACGAAAUGGGACGAUGUCUUGUCUUUGCAAAAUGAGAGACCCGGAUUCCAGCCGUUGGAAUACAUGACCGCGGGGCGUUACCUGGGCGAGCUGGCUCGAAUCAUCUUGGUUGACUACUUAAUUAAUGAGUUGAAGGUCGCUACUGAGACAUUACCACAGAGGCUUCUAGAGAAAGAGAGCGUAACAACGACGUUCUUGAGCCAUUACAAGCCAUUCCAACCACCUUCUGCCUUGCUGGAAAAACUACGACAGCAGGUCCCUGAAGAUGCAAAGUCUUCUUUUACUUGGACAGAAGACCUGGCCACGGCACUGUACCACAUUGCAAAGGCCAUUGAAGUCCGCGCUUCAGGAAUAAUCGCCGCUGCCAUCAUCGCCCUGCUCACACUAGCUGAUGAUCUACCCGAAGAUAGGGCAGCAACAGCAGAUUCGAGCUCUCCCAUUCGCGAGCUCGGCGUGGGUUACACCGGUGGCUGCAUCGUGCACUUUCAAGACUAUCUUGCCGACUGCCAGCAAUUCUUGGACGAGCUACUGGCCCGCAGGUUUGGGAGCGAUAGCCGGCUGCGGGUAGUGCUGAGGCCUUGCCACGAUGGCGGUGUUACGGGAGCGGGCAUUCUGGUGGUUGCGGAGGCGUCAUCGAGUAAGAAGUCAGAGGCGUGA